AUGGAAACUCAGAGAAUUACUGCAACAUUAAACCCUGAGUUAAAAUAAAAGUAUCAAGAAAUCGAGGAAUUACAAAUUCUUAAAGAGAAUUUAAAAAAAUUUAAACUGGAUGCAAAUCUUAAACCAAUUAAGUAAGAAAAAGUGCUUAAAUUAUGUGAAAAAAUAAAGGAUGCAGACUCUAAUCGAACAACUAAGAAAAAGUACGAGAGUGUUUUGAAAGAAAUAAGAGAGUAUGAUUUAUCGAAGUAUUUAUAAGAAAUUGCAAACACAAUAAUAGAUUGUCAAUUACAUCAAUCAAAUAUUAAAUUUUUUGUUGAAUUGUGCAUAGUUUUGAAUAAUUACAAUGAAUUUAAAAACAUACUUUAAUAAACAGCGAUAAAACACGGUUAAUAAUUAUUAGAGAAGAAAGGCGGAAAUUACGAGAAUGAAGAUAAAAGAGCAUAAAAACGAAAGAAUCUUUUAAGACUUUUUGGGGAAUUGCAUAAACCUGUAUUUUAACAAAAAGAAUUAGAAGAGAUAUUGAAAUUGCUUCUUCCUCACGGAACUUUAGAUUAGUUACUUAUUAAUAUAUAAGUGAUGACUAAUUUUAUGAAUCACUUUGGUUUCCAGUAUUUUGGAAAACAUAAGUAUGAAACUAGAUAAGACUUUCUAAUAAAUCCAGACUUACAAAACAUUUUUAUUGAUACCGAGUACAAAACUUUGGAAGAUGCAUUAACUUAGUAUAUUAAGGAAAUUGAAUCUACUCUUACAAAUUUAUAUAAAGAUAUUCAUAAAUUGGCUGAAAAUUAGACUGAUCCAUCAGUCAAUUAAAAAAUCAAGGAGAUGAAAGAACAAUUUAUAAGACUGAAGGACAACUAUAGAAUCAUAAAAGAUUGCAUGGGUGAAUAUGACCCUUCAAAUCCAGAAAAUGAAAAUGAAAAUGAAAUUUUAAAUCUAAACAUUCGAGAUUUUUAAUCAAGUAGUUUUGAUGAUACUGAUUGUUUUUUGUUAGAAGAGAGGAAAUUAUAUUGUCAAUUCAUUACAAUAAAUAAUCCACCUGAUCCAAAUCAAAUUGUGGUUUAAUAGAAUCAAAAAUAGAAGGAUUGUUCUUCAAUUGAAAUAGCUGAUUAGAUGGCAUUGGAAUUUGUGAACACAAAGUAAAAUAGAAAAAAACUGUUAGAAGAAAUGCAAAACUUUAAACAGAAUUACACAAUUGUCAUUCCCUAUCAAUGUCGUUUGUUCGCCACUUUGUGUAAACAUUAUAAAGAAUUUGAGGAGGAAAUAAUCAAAUCUUUCUUCGAACAAUACAAACAAAUCAAACCCAAUGAUCAUCUUGAAAGAAAACAACGUUAUCUUAGAUACUUGUGUGAGUUGACUAAGUUCAAAAUUUUAAAAUAGGAUAUCAUAUUAGACAUUUUAGCUUAAUUGCUUGAAGAUUUGGUAAGUUAUAAUGUAGAAAUGAUUGCAUUAAUAUUAAAUAAUUGCGGACGAUUCUUGAAAUAUUCUGGAGAAUCAUAUAAGAAAUUCGAAUAUCUACUAACUUAAUUGGAUAAACAAAGAAAAUUAAAACCUUUAGCUUAAAAAGAGGAAAGUACAUUAACGUAGGCAUUGCUAAGUUUUGAUAGACAAGUAAAACCCAAAAAAGAAAAGUCUGAAAUAUAAAAGUUCAUCAAGUUUAUUAUUUUUGAUUAAUUGGAUGAUUUUAAUAAUGCAUUUGAAACCAUGGAAAGACUUCCUUUAAGUGAUUAGGAAUGUAAAAAAUACCUAAUUAAAUAAUUAUUCAAGAUAAGCAUCAAAGGUAGGUAUUCAACAUUGAGUAUUGUGGCUUGUUUGUUGGCAACCUUAAAAGAUAAAUAUCCUGACAUCACAGGAUAAGUAGUAGACAGUUUAUUGGAUGAUAUUAUAUGUGGUUUAGAGGAUAAUAAUAUUAAUAAGAGAUAGAGAAGAAUCACCAUAAUAAAAAUGAUUGGGGAAUUGUAUGCUUACUAAAUUAUUGAUUAAGAGUUGCUAUUCAAAUUACUUUAUUUGAUUAUUGAAUAUGGCCAUGCUUCUGAUAUCUCUUAAGCUGAACAAGAUUUAAUUGAUCCUCCAGAGGAUUCAUUCAGAAUUAAUCAAGUUAUUGGCUUAGUUGAAUCUGUAAGAGAGUAUCAUAAAUAAUUGAAAACUGAUCUGUUGAAGUUCUUGGUUUAUUUUUAGAGAUAUGUUCUAUCCAAACGAUAUCUGCCAUAGAUUGUAGAGUUCUCUUUACUCGAUUUAUAUGAAAUGGUAGAUCCAAGGUUAACCAAAAUCAGAACCAUCCAUUAAGCAGAACAAAUAUAUCAAUCAAACAAUAUUGAAGAUGCACUUUCUAGAUUACCCGAUUAAACUGUUUAAUUAUAAGGAAUAGACAAGAAACUUAUUGAAGAUCAAAAAGAAGUUGAAAUAUCAAAUAAGUUAGAGCAGGAGUUAGAAUAAUAAUUUUAAUAACAAUUGAAGGAAUCAUAAAUAGAGACAUAAUUGAAGCAACCAAAUGUGAAAUAGAAAUCUAAAAAUAUAGUAAUGAUUAAGGGUGCAGGCGAUGUUAAAGUGAUUACAAAAGUAGAAAUUUCUAAUAAUAAUAAGAAGAGCACGUAAGUGCCAAAUUAAUAUGUUGGUUUUUAGUAAUGAAGUACUGAAUUAUUUGAUGAAUGAGUGUUUUUUGAAUGAUUAUGAUGCAAUACAAAUUAUAAAAAUAUAAAAAUUUAACAUA